AUGGGACACUCAGCUGUCCUCCUCUCCGUGGCUCUGGUCAUCCUCCCAGCCUGUGUUUCUGGGGCCCCUGUGCAAAGGCAGCAUAAGCUACUCCUCGUGUCCUUUGAUGGAUUCCGCUGGAACUAUGACCAAGAUGUGGACACCCCUCACCUGGACUCCAUGGCUCAGGACGGAGUGAGAGCUCGGUACAUGACUCCUGCCUUUGUCACCAUGACUAGCCCCUGCCACUUUACACUGGUCACUGGCAAAUACAUCGAGAACCACGGGGUGGUUCACAACAUGUUCUACAAUACCACCACCACGGUGAGGCUGCCCUACCACGCCACGCUCGGCAUCCAGCGGUGGUGGGACAACGGCAGCAUACCCAUCUGGAUCACAGCCCAGAGGCAGGGCUUAAAAACCGGCUCCUUCUUCUACCCCGGUGGGAACGUCACCUACCAAGGAGAGGCCGUGACCAUGAGCCGGAAAGAGGGUGUCCUACACAAUUACAAAAAUGAGACAGAGUGGAGACAGAACGUAGACACCGUGAUGAAGUGGUUCACAGAGGAGGACGCAUCCCUGGUCACUCUCUACUUUGGAGAGCCAGACUCCACUGGCCACAGGUAUGGCCCUGAGUCCCAGGAGAGGAAGGACAUGGUAAAACAGGUGGACAGGACCGUGGGCUACCUCCGGGACAGCAUCAAGCGCCACCAACUCACGGACAGCCUCAACCUGAUCAUCACAUCGGACCACGGCAUGACAACUGUGCAAAAGAACGCCAGUGACCUGGUCGAGUUCCACAAGUUCCCCAACUUCACCUUCCGGGACAUCGCGUUCGAGCUGCUAGACUAUGGGCCUAACGGGAUGCUGAUUCCCAAGGAGGGGAUGCUGGAGAAGGUGUACAGUGUCCUCAAGGAUGCCCACCCCAGGCUGCAUGUGUACAAGAAGGAGGACUUCCCGAAGACCUUUCACUACGCCAACCACCCCAGGAUCACACCCCUGCUCAUGUACAGUGACCUCGGCUACGUCAUCCACGGGAGGGUGAAUGUCCAGUUCAACAAUGGCGAACAUGGCUUCAACAACCAAGACAUGGACAUGAAGACCAUCUUCCGGGCCGUGGGUCCAAGCUUCAAGGCAGGCCUGGAGGUGGAACCCUUUGAGAGCGUCCAUGUGUAUGAGCUCAUGUGCCAGCUGCUGGGCAUCGUCCCCGAGCCCAACGACGGGCAUCCUGGCAUUCUGAGACCCAUGCUCCGAUCAGGAUCCGCUGUCCAGCUCAGCAGUCAGCACCACUUGGUGGCGCUGUUGAUGGGGGUCCUAACGUGUCUGACCAAGGUCAUUUAA